AUGAGUAGAGGUCGAAACAACUUGCUCAGCGUCACCGUCGUCUGCCGCGCUAUCGCAUCAACCCAUCACGCGCAUCGACCGGUCCGUCCUUACAAGGCUGGUACCACCCCGCUCAUCAAAGUGGCUGCCCUCGGACGUCUCUUGGCGCCUUUCGUGCGGUUGACCCGAUCCAUUGUCGCCUCGCCCAUGACAUCUACGCCGCCCCCUGACCCGGUGCCUUCGCAGCUGGCCGUGGAACAGGCAGAGGCAGCGCAGACAGCGCUGCCGCCCGCUCGGAAGACGGAAAAGAAGCAGAAGAAGAGGACACCCGAUCAUGGCAAUGCUCUCCCGGACAUCAUCAUCACCCCUCUCGAAGGACCCUGGCCGCGUCCCUACGUCAUUGAGGACGGCCUGCGCAAAGUGAAACCAUAUUAUCACACCUUCAACACCUACUGCAAGGAACGCUGGCGUGGUCGCACCUUGAUAGACGUGUUUUCCUGCGAGUUCCGGGACCGAACACCCGAGUACUAUCGGAAAUGCAUGGACGAUGGCAAGAUUGCGGCCAAUGGCAAAGUCGUUGGCGCCGAUUAUGUCAUCAGAAACGGUGAUCUAGUCAGUCACACCUCCCAUCGCCACGAGCCGCCCGUCACGGCGGAGCCCAUUGCCGUCAUCCACGAGGACAAUGACUAUCUCAUCGUCAACAAGCCGGCGGGCGUUCCGGUCCACCCCGCCGGCCGCUACAACUUCAACUCGGUUGUCGAGAUCCUCAAGUCGGAGCGCGGUGCGCACUUCAUGCCCCGCCCCUGUCACCGGCUCGAUCGUCUGACGAGUGGCAUCCUGUGCUUCGGCAAGACCGCGCAAGCUGCGACCGACCUAAGCCGUCAAAUACAGGCGCGCAUGGUGCGCAAAGAGUAUGUCGCCCGGGUCAUCGGCCACUUUCCUGAUGGCGAGGUGGUUUGCGACCAGCCGCUGCUGCAGAUAUCACCUCGUCUGGGCCUCAACCGUGUCCGCGCCAACGGCAAAUUCGCUCGUACCGUCUUCAAGCGCCUGGCCUACUACCCUCCGGCGUCGUCCGACGUCGACGAGGGGCCGGAACAAAGACCCAAGACGCCCGAGGAAGCCGCAGACGAGGAGCAGCGCCCGUGGACUUCCAAGAAGGGUUAUUCCAUCGUCCGCUGUCUGCCCCUGACCGGCAGGACACAUCAGAUCCGCGUGCAUUUGCAGUUCCUUGGUUAUCCCAUCCAGAACGACCCGAUAUACGCCAACCAAAGAGUCUGGGGGUUCGAUCUCGGCUGUAACGAUGACGGGACCACGCACACGGAUGAGGAUAUCAUGUCGCGUCUCGAGAAGAUGGGCAAGGAAGAAGUUGCUGACGCGGUAGCAUACCACGAAGAAAUGGUGGAUUUGUACCACAAACGAAGAGCUGAGAAGCUCUCUGGUGAGCUGUGCAAGACGUGCGACACGCCGCUCUACACGGACCCAGGUGAUCAGGAGCUGUCUUUGUUCCUUCACAGUCUUCGAUACGAGGACUCGGGAGUCGAUCUGACCUUGUAG